GGACACUCCCCAAACGGGCGGGAGAAAGAGCCUGAGGAAGCGGCGGGUGCGUGAUGCGGUCCGAGAAGGAGGCAGCCGGCGGGGCCGGGGGCUCUGGCGUCGGCGGGGCCGGGCGGGGAUCGGGCGGCAAGGAGAAGCCGCCAUUGCCGCCACCACCACCGCCUCCGCCUCCACCCCUGCCACCGCCACCAGCAUCUUCCCGCGGAGGGACAGCGAUGGAGAUCCAAUUCCGCCGCGAGUCGCCUCGGCGCGAAGUGGAGACGCCUCCGACCGCCGUCUCGGCCUCGGGCUGCGGGGGUGGCGGAAGCAGCAGCGGCGGCGGGGGAGGCGGUGGUGGCGGAGGAGGCGGCAGCAAGCCGCGGGAGGAGAAGAAAACGGUCCUGAGCAAGGUAGUUAUUCGUCGACUUCCUCCCAGUCUAACCAAGGAGCAGCUGGAGGAACAGUUACAUCCUCUUCCUGCUCAUGAUUACUUUGAAUUUUGUACAGCUGAUCCCAGUCUUUAUCCUCAUCUUUACUCAAGAGCAUACAUUAAUUUUCGAAAUCCUGAUGACAUCCUUCUUUUUAGAGACCGUUUUGAUGGCUAUGUCUUCAUUGAUAGUAAAGGUCUGGAAUAUCCUGCUGUAGUAGAGUUUGCUCCAUUCCAAAAGAUUUCCAAAAAGAAAUUAAAGAAAAAAGAUGCCAAAGCAGGGAGCAUUGAAGAAGAUCCAGAGUAUAAGAAGUUUCUAGAAACCUAUUGUGUUGAGGAGGAGAAAAUAAGUGCCAAUCCUGAAACACUUUUGGGAGAGAUUGAGGCAAAGACACGGGAACUCAUUGCUAGAAGAACAACACCUCUUUUGGAAUAUAUUAAAAAUAGAAAAUUAGAAAAGCAGAGAAUUCGAGAAGAAAAAAGGGAAGAACGAAGGAGAAGGGAAUUAGAAAAGAAACGUUUGAGAGAAGAAGAGAAAAGAAAACGCAGAGAAGAAGAAAGACGUAAGAGAAAAGAAGCUGAAAAACAAAAGAAGAUUGCUGAGAAAGAAAUCAGAAUCAAGCUUCUUAAAAAACCCGAAAAGGGAGAGGAACCAGCAGCAGAGAAACAAAAAGAAAAAGGCGAGGAAGCUGAUAUUGAAGAAGGAAAAUGGGAAAAAUCCUCCAGCUCUGGAAGCAUAAAAUCCAAACCCUUGGAAAGUUCACUGAAGGAACUCAAGGAAAAGUCACAAAAUGACAGUGAUAAAGAACAAAGGGACAUGGAUAGAAGAUUUCGAGAAAAAGAACCUGAAAGACAAAGGUAUCGCUUGGACGAUGGCAGAAAACAUAGAACUCAUUAUGAGUUUGACAAGUUUUUGAGAAGGAAUGAAGACGAGCUGAAGUGGGGGAAAGGAUACAACCAAGACAGAGGGAAGAAAGGGAACCACAACUACAGCUUCACUGUGGAGGCAGUAGACAAACUGGGUAAAGAGGACAAGUGUGAUGACAUGGCAUCCAAAAAGGAGCGCAUAAGAAAUAAGGAUCGUCCAGCCAUGCAGUUAUACCAACCAGGAGCUCGCAUUCGAACACGUACAGGCUCUACAAGUAAAACUCCUGACUGCACUGCAAAGUCCUCUGAAGAGGCUUGUGAUAGAAAAAGUGAGGCAGAGAAUCCAGCUGGAGCUGCUUCUGAGAAGAGUGAAGAGGCAGAGUAAAGCACCAUGCAAGGCAGAUGUGGCACGGUUAUGAACAAAUUUCAUUCUUACAUAGUUAGAAAAGGGUGAAAUAAGCCAAAACCCAUUAAAAAAAAAGGCAUCUAAGUAAUCAUCCUAUAUGGCAAAGAUGUACUUUUUGUCCAGUUCUGGAUUGGUGUUUUCUUAAGUUUACUCUGCCUAGUGUAAACUAGUAUUUAUUUAGCUAAAAGAGAGAAAAUUAUCUCCUUCAGAAAAUAUUAUGUCAAGAAAAAUGAAGAAAAUUAGUGUUGCAUCAGUUUGAAAUCUGAGGCACUUUAAAUCUGUCCUGUGAAUAACAGUAACUUCAUUGUUUGCACAUUUGUGACAACAUGACAUGUUGAUACCAGUACCUCAUUGUGUUUGUGUUAGUUUUCUAAAAACUCUAGUGUCGGGUAAGUGUGACACAAAGUUUCCAGUUCUCAUAUUGUUAUGGAAUUUGUAAUUCAGCCACUUUUGCCUUUUAUGUUGUAAAUAUUUCCUAAGUUUUGACAUUGACAUUUCAAAACAAAUCAAUCUAACAUAAAUCUCAGCACUUCAACAGUAUGAUACCUGAUUUUAUUUAAAUUAUUUUAUGUUUAGGGCACUGACUUUCAAAGAGAUGAUUGGAUAGAAACAUGAACUCAUAUGUUCAUGCUUCACAUACACUUUGGUUGUAGGAUUUACCCAAAGUAAUAAAAUUUGGGGGGAGGGAAGGGUAGGAACUAGAUAUGGCUACUAUAUUCAUUCAUUUUGCAGUUUUUAGACAUUUUUAAUGCACUGUGUCUUUUUCAGUUGUCUGAAACUAUGAACUACAGUAUUUUGUCCUUUUAGCUAAAUCUAAAAAUGUUAGUUUACCUUUAGCACUGUGCAUUGAAUGUUUUAUUAAAUAUGGCAUUUUAGUGUUAUAGAUUUGAAAGUCCAAUUAUUGUAUUUUUCAAGACACUUAAUAUAUCAAGAUUGAAAAUAUGAUUCCUCCUAUUUAUGUUUAAAUUCGUCCAAUUAGAAUUUUUUAAGUCCACUAAUAAAGUUUUUAAAAUUAUUAUAGAAUCAAAGUACCACAGGGAGUUAGAUUUUAGAAAUUGAAGACCUACAAAAUGUGCAGUCAGCGUAUAUCAGAAAAGCCACAAGAAUAUGUCAUUUCUCUUGGCUUUUCUCCAUAUACAACUCCUGGACUUUUGGGUUACACUAGGUAAUAUAUGGUUCUAGAUGCAAAAAGGUCCCAGUGAUCUACCAUAGGGCUAACCCUGGCAAACUAGAGUAUGCUCAGACAAAUCUUAAUUGGGCCUUUCAUGAUUCUAAGUUACAUAUGUCUUAAAGUCUGUGCAUGCAAAAAAAGGGUGCUGCAUUUGGAGUCAUGAAAUAUGGGUUCAAAUUAUGGCUCUGCCACUUACUGUGUAACCUGGGACAAGUCACUUAACUUCUCUGGUUUCCUUAGCUGUAAAAUGUGAUUGAACCAGAUUGACCUGUAAGGUUUCUUCCAGCUCUGAGUCAAUGAUCCUGUGUUCUCUUGAAUAUGCAAAAACCAGUAGCCCUAAUUGGGCCACCUAGGGAUCCCCCAGACAAGAAAUGAGGUUUGUAGUUUUCCUACAUAGAAGUCUAAGAGAAAUUCCUUGAUUUUUUACCUCUAAAUGCCAGAUAGCUCAUCUUGGUUUGGCUUCUCUUAAGGAAGUGUGAGCACCCCCCUGCCAAAAUUGUUUUUAAGUGAGAGGUGCCCACUGAAGCGUGCCAAAUAUUAAUAGCCAUUUUGGGGAAUUUUCUUUCAAUGCCUCCCUUUUGUACUGUCCUUUACCAUCUAAGCACUUUCAAAUACAUUGGCUGGGGAACAGGGCUAGGAUUUGCCACAGGUUUUUUGUGAGAAUCAAAUGAGAUCAUGAAGAAAAGACUAAGUGACUUGUUCAGGGACACAGGAUUGGUGACAGUAUAAUUCAGUUUUAAAGCCUUUAUUGCUAAAUAAAACUUCUCAUAUAACCUUUGUUUAUAUUGUGUGUCACAUAGUAAAAGUGCCCAAGAAAAAAUUGAGUCUGUGGGAAUUCUAGUUUAUCAGGUUUUUUCAGAACCAAUAUUCUCAAAGGGGCUCCAGGGCUAUUUGGUCAGUGAACCAGAUAUGGUAGGUUUUAUGCUAAUUUCAUUUAGUUUUCCCCAAAGUUUUGCUUUCUUUUUCAGUUUAAAUUCCAGCAUUUAGUUUCAUUUAAUUACUUGGCAAUUUACUUGUUUAAAAUCUCUUUCAUUGCUUUUGAGCCCUAUGUUAAAAUUCAAGUCAUCAUUAUAUUGAUUAACUCAGAGCCUUACCAGUAAAUUGUGAAUAAACACUUGAGUCAUUCUUCAAGCAUAAGUUGAAAUGCA